AUCAAAAUGUGAUUCAUCCACUGCAUACCUCAUUGGCCGAUUCACAUUCUUGAUUCUUGAUUCCGUAUCUUCAUGUAUGGCGUUCGGCGUUCCAGUCGGGACCUGGAAGGUGUAAUCGACCGCCUUACCCACACUUGGUCGCCUUUCACUAAUAACCUGCUCCGCUGCAAAGUCUCACGCCUCGCAUCGCUCUGAGGUAGCUCACCAUCAUCGGCACCGUACUCUAGCAGAUUGUCACGGGCUUGCUCAAGACGUACAGAGCAUCAAAACCUGUUCAAAAGCUCACCAUGGCGGCGAACCUCUCUGCGACAGCUGCCGGUGCUAGCGCGAGCCAAUGCAGUGUUGUCAGCCCGCUGCCAUCGCCAGAAGGAUUGUAUCAAUGCACUGCGACCACCAUUAGCCCGGUGAUUUUGGCCCCUUCCCUGUCUCUGACACCGGGAAGCAUUCCUCCGCCGCCGCCGGCAGCUCGUCUAUCUAUCGUCAGCGUCAGACAUCCCAGAAGAUGCAGUGCAGGCACUGACGAUGCUUCCGCCGCUCUCGUAGCAACCACAGGGUCUCUCAGCGCGGCCGCUCUUACCGCGAGCUCCAGCGGCAGCCAGAGCGGAGGCAGCGAGUCUGGUGCUGCGACAUCUACAUCGCAGAACGUCGUAGGACAGGGAAGCUCCCUUGGGGGAUCGACUAGUCCAUCGAACAAUCUUGCGAUUUCGCAGACUGGAGCGGGCAACAUGACGCAGAUGCUCUCCCUGCUGAAUCUUGGUGGUGGCCCGACGAUCGAGUGUGUCCUCGCUUCGCAAGGCGUGGACGCGCCCGCUUCGCACAUGACGGGUGGUGGCGGGCUGCCUCCCAUUGCAGCAUUUGCGCCUCAUCAUGCAGCCGCAAGCAAUAAUGCCUCCGUGGGAGCGCUGGGAGUGGGGACCUCGGCGAGCAAAGGGGCCAAAGACAACAGCAAGAGACCAAAGAACUCCAUCAAACAGACGAGCUCGAGCUUUGUUCAGAGGCUCACCCAACAUCCCGAGCUGACCAAGAUUCUUGCUGCGCGAGUCGAGGGCGACAGCUUUGCUUUUCUCAAUUCUGGCAAGAGCUUCUUGUGGCUGGCUGAUCUGCAUAGCAAGACCAAGGAGCCCCUGGCUCGCAUGGCUUUCGCAUCACCCGUGACAGCCCACGAUGUGAAUCAAGUCACUCGCUCAUCUGAUCGACUCGACAUUGUUCUUGGCUUUGCAUCGGGCGACUUGCUCUGGCUUGACCCCGUCUCAUCACGAUACACUCGCAUCAACAAAGGAGGGAUCAUGGUAUCUUCGCGAGUGACACAAGUCCGGUGGCUGCCUGGAUCCGAAAAUCUUUUCUUGUCCUCGCACGCGGACGGCACCAUGAUGAUAUGCGACCGAUAUCGAGAGGAUGCACCGACAGGUAGCUGGACACCCGCCAGCGUGUGGAGUCACAUUCCUUCUAGGGAGACUAAUUCAACAGUCCUUGCCCACGACGACGAGCACGCACCCGCCGAUAGCGAGCCCUUGGAGGUCUUGGAUACAGAUGGUCAAACGGGACACAGAGAGCAGCGUCAGUUUCCUCAUCUGCGAGCGUGGGACUCUAGACGGUGCUUGCUUGUGACGAGGCCCGGUGAGAAUGCAAUGUCUGCGGAGAUUGCAUCGUCUGCGGGCAAUCAGGGCAAAAAGAGUCAACAGAUCUGGGCGAUUAGGAAUCCGAUCUCGCACUGGAGAGUUUGCGAAUCGAAGAUCAAUGACUUCGCUUUUUCCCCAGACUUUCCACACUGUGCGAUCGUGUCAGAAGAUGGGAUGCUGCGUCUCGUAGACUUCCAGGACGAGCGACUCGAGUUCUCAUUCAACUCCUACUUUGGCGCGAUCAACUGCGCAACGUGGUCUCCAGAUGGGCGUUUCCUCCUGACUGGUUCUUGCGAUGAUUUGGUGACAAUUUGGGCACCAAGAGAAGGAAGAAUCAUUGCAAGAUGUCCAGGCCACGCUUCGUUCGUGCGUGCUAUUGCAUUCGAUCCCUGGAGAUGGAGAAUCGAUGACCGCACGUACCGGUUCGCCUCGGUUGGGGAGGACAAUCGACUCAUACUGUGGGACUUUUCUAGUGCUGCGCUACAGCGUCCGAAGCAUUCGGCUUCCGGCGGAGGUCCUUCGCAUGGUGUUGCCGCCAAACGACCCGCCCUGGGAAGCACAGUCUCUCUUGGCCUUGACGGACGUCGGCAAUCGUUCUCUGCUCGUAGAGCUUCUAUGGGUUUGGACAGAGGCUUCCAUUCUGGUCCGGGAAUCGGAGCAGAGACCGAUCCGGAUCUUGCGCCAUGCUUCGAAGCGCCUCCCAGAGGUGCAGUGGCAGAGCUGCAACCGAUCUCAGUCUCUACAUUGUCUCCUCAAGCCGAGCCUCAUGGCGAGACAGCACCGGCGCCAGGUCAGACUUCAAUCACAGCAACGCCUGCAACUCAAAACGCAACGGGAGGCAAAACCGAUCUGCUGUGUGGCGUGAGAUUCAAUUUGACCGGCAUCGUCGUCUUGAGGAGGUCUGGAGCUACUCAUACCUUUGAGAGACCAGCACCUCCACCCACUUUUGGCAGGCCUGCCGCAGGGGCGAACAACAAUGCCCCACCCCGAAGCAGUUUGGCCAUUCGGCGGCCAAUCACCCUUCCCUGGCGAUCAGAGACUUCCGAAGCGGCUGCUUGAGAACGCGCAGACCGCUUCGUUAAAUUAAUGAUGUUGCCGUCAAGUCUCGCCCUGUCACGCGAAGGGAUGUUGACUGAUCGACAUGGCAGUAGUAGUCUACUGCGCCUUGACGAUGUUUCGAUCCUAUUCGCAAUGUCGCCUAUUCGCUGUCCGUUGUGUGCGGCUUGUUUGGCUGCUCAUCAUUGCUCACAAUGACCUCUGCUAGCCUUUACAAAACGUCUUCGAUGUUCGGCUGACAGAAGUGCGAC